AUCCCGCUCGGCUCGACUCCUAAGUAUACCUGGAGAUUUUAGACACGGAUAAAAACUAUGUCUGUACUGAGAAGACCUGACGGAACCAUGACAGGUACCGAGUGAAGAAUUAAUAACGGAAUAUCAAGAAGAGUACACUGCGUCUGUUCCGGAGGCGUUCGAGGUUCGAGUGAACACCUUUUGGUUCGGAGCGCACACAUACUCACGCAUCUGAGCAGCGAUGGGCGCUUGGACGCUGCUGCUGUGCCUACUCGCCAUUGUGAGAGGCAGCCUGGGGGCGGAUACUGAAGAGCGGCUGGUGGAGCACCUGCUAAACCCCGCCCACUAUAACAAACUGAUCCGCCCAGCGACCAAUGGUUCUGAGCUGGUGACAGUUCAGCUGAUGGUGUCACUGGCCCAGCUCAUCAGUGUGCACGAGAGAGAGCAGGUCAUGACCACCAACGUAUGGCUCACACAGGAAUGGCAGGACUACCGUCUGACUUGGGUCCCUGAGGAGUUUGAUGGCAUGGAGAAGGUCAGACUGCCUUCCAAACACAUCUGGCUGCCCGACGUUGUGCUGUAUAACAAUGCUGACGGAAUGUACGAGGUCUCCUUCUACUCCAACGCGGUGGUCUCCCAUGACGGCAGUAUCUUCUGGCUGCCUCCAGCCAUCUACAAGUCAGCCUGUAAGAUCGAGGUCAAACACUUCCCCUUCGACCAGCAGAACUGCACCAUGAGGUUCCGCUCCUGGACCUACGACCGCACAGAGAUCGACCUGAUCCUGAGGUCCGACGUGGCCAGCAUGGACGACUUCACACCCAGCGGAGAGUGGGACAUCAUCGCCCUGCCGGGGCGCCGCAACGAGAACCCUGCCGACCCCACCUACGUAGACAUCACCUAUGACUUCAUCAUCCGCAGGAAACCUCUGUUCUACACCAUCAACCUCAUCAUCCCCUGUGUCCUCAUCACCUCUCUGGCUAUCUUAGUGUUCUAUCUGCCCUCUGACUGUGGAGAGAAGAUGACCCUGUGUAUCUCUGUCCUGCUGGCCCUCACAGUGUUCCUCCUGCUGAUCUCUAAGAUCGUCCCCCCCACCUCCCUGGACGUUCCUCUGGUCGGGAAGUACCUGAUGUUCACCAUGGUCCUGGUGACCUUCUCUAUUGUCACCAGUGUGUGUGUUCUCAACGUGCACCACCGCUCACCCACCACACACACCAUGCCCCCCUGGGUCAAGCUGGUGUUCCUCAACAAAUUGCCUGCGCUGCUCUUCAUGCGCCAGCCCCAGAACAGCUGCGAGCGUCAGAAGCUGCGCCAGCGACGGAGGGGCCAGGAGCAGAGGGAGGGGGGCAGGGAUGGGGGCUCCGCCGGGGGGCUGAUGGUGGGCCUGGGGCUGGGGAGCGGAGGGGGUGGCACGGAUAACAACGAACCCUGUACGUGUUACGUGAACCGGGCAUCGGUGAAACAGUUUGUAGGGGAGCUGGGAGGGGGCGCGGGGGGAGGAGGGUCGAUGGAGGGGCUGAACGGGCUGAGGGAAGACAGGGAGGGGGGUCAGGGGAACCGGCCCAGGGGGAAACAGGUAGGAGGGGGCCCAGCCCUGACCCAGGCCGUGCUAGGACAAGCCUGCCCUGGGUUGGAGGAGGCUGUUGACGGGGUCCGCUUCAUCGCCAACCACAUGAAGACUGAAGACGACGACCAGAGUGUGAGCGAGGACUGGAAGUAUGUUGCCAUGGUGAUCGACCGUCUCUUCCUGUGGAUCUUUAUAAUUGUGUGUGUGUCCGGAACGGUCGGGAUGUUCCUCCAGCCACUGUUCCAGAACUACACUGCCAAGACCAUCACCAACACCAAUGGCUGACCAACCAGGUGCCCAGCAGCAUCGAUGGACACCGCCCCAACCCAAUCAGCACAGCAGGACAGGGGCAGGAGGGAGGGACCUGCCCAGCAGGGGAAGUGGGUUUUAUUAAGUCUGUGGAACUAAAUUGGACAGGAGCCACACCUGUUAACCUUUAUAGCCUUUCUACUGAACUGUUCUGAACUGAAGAACUAAACUUAACACCAACAUCGUAUUAACAAUCAUUUUUUUUCCAGAGGAGGGAUAAAUGGAUGGACAAAUCUUUCCUUUUCCCCAGAGGAAGGUGGAGUUAUGCCUCUCUUCUCUCCCUCUGAGUGACAAGCGGCAGAAGCCAAUCAGGGAGAGAGGACAAUCUCUACAUUUUUUGACAUCCUGUAGAACGCUACGCCAGCCAAUCAAUGCUCUUCAUUCCAAGCUGACUGUGCAAGCUUACUGAGAGUAUAUUGUCGCACUUUAACUGGUACAGAACUUAAUGCUUCAGUAACAGAACCUUGAUUGGAAACUGUGUCAACCAAUCAGAAAAAUGUAAAAGCAAUUGUUUUUCCAAGCCACUUCUGUUAAGCCAACUGAUAGUACAGUACAGUAUAUUUUACCAUA